AUGUCUAUAUAUUCACGACCACUUCACUCCAAUGAUCAGGCCUCCAUCCCUCCGAUUAUUCGGCUAUUAGGUGAAUUUGAUCGAUACUCUCGCAACUCAGACCACCGGACUUCUCGACACAUCAACUCAUUUACUCCCAAAUUUGACCUGAAAGAGGUCUCUGACGCAUUUGAACUUUACGGAGAGUUACCGGGUGUAGACCAGAAAGAUGUCGAUAUUGAGUUCACGGACGCCUCCACGCUUACUAUCAAGGGUCGAGUUGAACGCAAAUUUAGUGAGUCGUCCAAAGUUACAAACCAAGAGAACCCUGUGUCGAUCACUAAAAGCAAAACAACAACUAACAACACUACGGAGAAGUUCUGGGUCAUGGAACGAAGCAUUGGAGAUUUUUCAAGGUCAUUUGUAUUCCCAGUGCGUAUUGAACAAGAUACCGUAAGAGCAUCAAUGAAGAAUGGGAUAUUGAGUGUUUUCGUACCAAAAGCCACGAAACAAGAAGGCCGCAAGAUUAUGAUUCAGUAG